AUGGUCCUUGUUGGCAAAACAGGAGUAGGGAAGAGUGCAACAGGAAACACAAUUGCAGGUCAGAAGGUUUUCAGAUCAGAACUUUGUGGAACAUCAGUGACAUCAGUGUGUGAACAACACAGCUUUGACAUGAAUGGUUAUGAGUUGCAGCUGGUGGAUGUCCCUGGCUUUUGUGACACUGGGAGAUCAGCCGAAGACAUCAAAGAUGAGGUUUGUCUGUGCGUAACUAAGUCUUCUCCAGGAAUACACGCCAUUCUGUUCGUCGUCACAGUUGCUAGUAGAUUCACAGAUGAAGACGAGAAAACUAUAAAUGCGUUCUUGCAAUGUUUCGGAGAAGAAUGCAGGAAACAUAUUCUGGUUAUAUUUACUAGAAAGGAUGAUUUGGAUAAAAAGAAGACAACAAUCGAUGAAUUCGUCAGAACGUGUCCGGAAUCCCUCCAGCAGUUUCUUUCUACUGUCGACGGCCGAUACAUGGCAGUAAACAACGACGACAAGUCACCAGACAAGAAAACAUUUACCAAGGAACUUGUUAAAAGAGUCUUACAAAUGGUUCAAACGAAUGGUGGAAAGUGUUACACAAACGAGAUGUACAAGAAUGUGGAGAUUCAACUGAAAAUUGCAGAAGAUGAAAGGGUGAAGCAAAUUACUGCAGCAAACAAAGCCAGGGACGACAUGCUGAUUCAAAAGGAACAAGCCCGGAUUGUAGCUGGGUUGAGGAAGCAACGUCUAUGUGAGGAAGAGCUUGCUCGAAAGAAGGAAGAAGAAGAACAACGUUACAGGGCUCAAUUGGAAGAUGAACGUCGGAAGAUGGCCCGAAGAGACAUGAGAGAAAAUGUUAAAAAGGAUUCUGGGGGUUUAUGGGGAGUUUUGGUAGGAGCGGUAGGAGCAGCGGCUGGCCUCAUUGUGGCUGGCCCUGGUGGCGCACUUGCAGGUGCACGCGGUGGUUACUUACUUGGUUCUGCUUUUGAUUGA